UGUCCAAACGGACAUAAAGCGCGCCAAAAUUUAAGGAAACGGAGUGAAAAGUUGUCGUUUCUCUGAGCUGAAUUCUUUGAGGCAUUCACCUUCAUCCGUUGAAUAGCAGGAAAAUUUCAUCCAUUAAUUGGCAUAUUUUGUGGUGAUUUAGUUCAAAAUGUGUGGGAGAACGGCUUGUACCCUUGCUCCUGAUGAAUUCCCGAAAGCAUGCAAAUUCAAAGGAAAGAAUGGUCAGAUCCAGGAACCGGCUUGGAGAGAUGGCAGCAUCGAUAGAGGAAAAUACUAUCCUUCCCACAAUAUUAGUCCGCAAUCCUUCACUCCAGUGUUACUGUCAAGUCAACAUUUGAACAAAUUAGCAUCAGAGGAGCUUAGUGAAAGGCUUCUUCAACCAAUGAAAUGGGGAUUAAUUCCAUCAUGGCACCGUGGAGAUCCCAAAGAGUUCACCUACAACAUGAGCAAUGCUCGUAGUGAUACUCUGUUGGACAAAAGAUCCUUCAAAUCUCCCCUAGAGAAGGGUAAUAGAUGUGUAGUUUUGGCUGAAGGAUUUUUUGAGUGGGAGACAUUGAAGGGAGGGAAGAAACAACCAUACUACAUCUACUUUAAAAAAGACACAAAGAUAGAAGUGAAAAACGAAACAAUUGCAGAGAUUGAAGAAGAAAAGAAUAAUGAAAAGGAGACAGUGGUGAAAAAUUUUCAUGUGAAAAAGGAACCAGAGGGAUCCAUAACAGUUAAGGCAGAGGAAGAACCACAGUUUGGAGAGAAGCGUCUCUUAACCAUGGCUGGCUUGUUUGAUUGUUGGAAGCCACCAAAAGGCAGUGGCAGUGAAAAGGAAGAACUCUUUUCAUAUACUAUCAUCACAGUGGACUCAUCUCCGUCUCUGAGAUGGCUUCACAACAGAAUGCCAGCUAUUCUGGAGGGAGAAGAGGAGAUUAGCCAUUGGCUUGACUUUGGAGAGGUUCCGUGGCAAAAGGCUCUAAACCUUGUGAAACCCAAAGACUGUUUGGAGUGGCAUCCAGUCUCUACAGUUGUGAAUAAUUCUAGGAAUAAAUCACCAGACUGCAUCAAGCCAAUUGACUUGACACAAAAAUUGGAAAAGCCCAUGAAAGGAACUUUAUUUUCAUACUUCAAAAAAUCACCUGUGAAACAGGAGAAGGUAUUACAUGAGGGCGAGGCUGCACAAGAACCAUCUCAAAAGAAAACAAAAUUUUAGCUGCGAUAAUUUAGUGGAAUUGCAGUUGUGAUCUUAUCCAUGUGAUAAAACAUAUCUCUUGUCAAGUUUUUUUUCUAGUACAACAAAGUGACUUACUUGUAGAGCUGUUGAUGAAAGCCUGAUACAGUGAAAAUCAGUUUAUUUUUUUCCUUUUUUUUUUCAUUUAUGUUGAUAGUAUAGAUACAGAACAUUUCUUUUUUUCAUUUAUGUUGAUAGAUAGAUACAGAACAUUUAUCAGGCAAGGUGUGCGUUAAUUUUACAACAGUUUUUAUUUGUAGACAACAGUUGUAAGAGGAAAAAUAAUUGUUUUUCAGUUAACAAUGUUUAGUAGCAGCAGACUUUGAACAACUCCGUACUUAUUGAGAGUAUCAGCUAAGAAUAGAAAGAUUCAAAUAAAUUAAUGUUCACUAUUUUCAGUCUGUGCUAAUGAAAUUAACAUUCCAUAACUGCUGUGUAACAAAAAGUCAGAGGCUUUUGUUUUCAGGCUGCUUUUUUUAGUCCUCACAGGCACAAAACUUUGAAUAAUCACAAAACUAUAAUCCUUGGAAAACUUUUAGGAGAUUUUUGAGAGAGAGAGAAAAAAAUUGCUUUCCACUCUUUUGGGCCAAGUGAUCUUUAGAAUCAUAACUUAUUACAAUAC